AUGCGUGGUUGUUGUGAUGUGCUAAGAUGGGCCCCUGUUGUGUUCAUAACGGCUGUAGCUGCUUGGUCCUAUUACGCAUACGUUAUUCAAAUGUGUUUAUUUACUGUGAAAAGCGUACCUGAGAAAGUUCUGUAUAUCAUUUUUUACCAUCCAUUAUUGUUCAUAUUCCUUUGGUCAUAUUGGCAAACAAUAUUCACACCAACUGGAAAAGUUCCUAAAGAUUUUUAUUUAAGCAAACAAGAAUUGGAAAUUUUUGAAAGAGAAACAAAUGAAGAACGACAGAGAGAAAUGUUGUUACAAUAUGCUAAACAACUUCCCCUCCAAAACCGAACAAUGUCUGGUGCACCACGUUAUUGUGAAAAAUGCAAAUGUCUGAAACCAGAUAGAUGCCAUCAUUGUUCAGUUUGUUCAGCUUGUGUUCUAAAGAUGGAUCAUCAUUGUCCUUGGGUAAACAAUUGUGUUGGAUUUACAAAUUACAAAUAUUUUGUGCUGUUUCUAGGAUAUUCUCUUUUAUACUGUUUAUAUGUGGCUGCAACAUCACUACAAUACUUUAUUGAAUUUUGGACAGCCAAUGAAACAGGUCACACAGCUAGCCGAUUACAUAUUUUAUUUUUAUUUUUUGCAUCUGUGAUGUUUGGUUUGAGUUUAAUCUCUUUGUUUGGGUAUCAUAUAUUCCUCAUUUUACAUAACAGAACAACUCUAGAGGCCUUUCGAGCUCCAAUAUUCCAAACAGGACCAGAUAAAGAUGGAUUUAGUUUAGGCAAAUCUAGCAACUUUAUACAAGUAUUUGGAGAAGAGAAAUUUAAAGGAGUUCUUCCAUUAUUCACAAGCAUUGGAGAUGGGGUGUCUUACCCAACACGCACUGCUCCUGCCAAUACCUAUCAAACUAUGGGCACAACCCCCAGUAUGGGUGAUGGCAUCACUUAUCCUACACGCACAGUUGAUUUGGAUUCUGAUCAUCUUCUUGGUGAAAGGCAACGAUGGAUGGAGGAAGGUGAAGCAAAUGGAACAGCAGAUACUCAAGAUCAUGCUUACCAAAAUGAUGCACUUCAACAGACAUAA